UCCUUCAUGAGGGAAGAGGCCAGGGACAGCCAGCCAGCCCCGGCUUCUCUUCUCUUCACUAAUAUUAUUCUGUAUUGCAAACCCGGGAGCCCGAGCAGGGGGCUGCGUCAGUAUUCGUAGGAUGUCCCGUCAUGAAGGCGUGAGCUGUGAUGCAUGUUUAAAAGGCAACUUCCGAGGUCGGCGAUACAAAUGUUUAAUUUGCUACGAUUACGAUCUGUGUGCGUCGUGUUACGAAAGCGGUGCAACUACAACCAGACAUACCACAGAGCAUCCAAUGCAGUGUAUAUUAACCAGAGUGGACUUUGACCUGUACUACGGUGGAGAAGCCUUUUCAGUGGAGCAGCCCCAGGCCUUCACAUGUCCCUACUGUGGCAGGAUGGGCUACACAGAGAUCUCCCUGCAGGAGCAUGUGGCUGCAGAACACACAGAGACCUCCACAGAAGUGAUCUGCCCCAUAUGUGCAGCGCUGCCAGGUGGCGACCCAAAUCAUGUGACAGAUGACUUCGCUGCUCAUCUCACACUUGAACACAGAGCACCCAGAGACCUGGAUGAGUCCAGUGGGGUGCGGCAUGUGAGGAGGAUGUUUCACCCCGGGCGUGGGUUAGGCGGACCGCGAGCUCGCAGGUCUAACAUGCACUUCACCAGCAGCACCACAGGGGGACUCUCCACCAGCCAGAGCUCCUCACAGAGCUCCAGCUACAGCAGAGAGGCCAUGGACCCCAUAGCAGAGCUUCUGUCCCAGUUGUCGGGGGUCCGGCGUUCAGCGGGGGGCCAGCUCAGCUCGGGCCCCUCGGCGUCGCAGCUCCAGCAGCUUCAGAUGCAGCUGCAGUUGGAACGGCAGCAGGCUCAGGCGGCGCGGCAGCAGCUGGAGACGGCCCGGAACGCCACCCGGGGCGGCGGCCGCGCCAACGCCAUCCUCAACACCAACUCAGCUGUCGCAAACCCCAACCCCAGCGCCAACCACAACACCAACCCCAGUCCCAACCCGGGACCACCUGAGCCCAGCACACAGCACACGGCACACAGCUCCCAGUUUCUACUCAGCAGGCUGAGCGAACCGCGGUUAUCCGAGGCUGAGCGGCAGGCGUGCGAGGCCCAGUGGGCGGACCGGAGUCUGUUCGUGACGGAGCUGCUGCUGUCCACGCUGCUGCCCGACGAGGACGCCUCAGCCUCCGAAGACGACGACGAGGGCGACGCCGACAACUGCCACGGCCCGUUGCGGAAUUUUGCCGACUUCCAGGCCAUGGGCUGCGUGGAGGUCAUGACCCUGGACGUGGCGCUGGAGAACCUCAACCUCAAGGAGAUGACCCCGACAAGCAAGACGACGAAAACGACGACUAAAACGGCACCCGCCAAGAAAGAGCCCCCUGCCCCACCGCUUUGAUGACAUCACCAUCCCUCUGGAAAAAGAACCCCCCCAUUGUACCCGACUGACGCCACGUCGGUCCGACUGCCAAUGGAUGACAAAAAAGACUGCAGUUCUUCUUGGCUUUUUGUUUUUUUGUUUUUUUUUUCUCAGUGAUUGUCAUUUCAGCUCUGUCGCUCCCACUCGACCCCAUGUUUAUUACGUUGUGUACAUUGAAUAAAAGUAGUGAGACGAGAGAAUGUGAGCAGAGCGAAGCGUGGUGGGUGCGUGAGAGAAAGACAAAAGACUAUAUAAAUAUAUUAUAGAAAAAUCUAUAUAAAAGUUGAUAAUCAGUUCCACAUAACCCGUGUUUCCUCUAGCAGACGAGCAAGCGUAGUUUAAGAGACGAACACACUCACCCAGAGGAGGACGACGGAGCCCUCCGGUUGGAAACGCUGCUGUGUAUUUAUAGUUACGAAUUAAAAAAAGAAGUGCUUGGAUGGUUUACCACAACUUAAGCAUGAGCUUAAAAUCACCAUGUGCCCAUUUUUAACUGCACAGUCACUAGACGGGGAGGUCUCUCUUUGUUUUUGUUUUUUUGUUUUUUUUCUGUUUCUGUUCAAACACCUGUAACUGUAAAAUCAAAAAAAAAAAAAAAGAAGAAAAAAAGCGGUGCUGUUUGCCCGAUUCGUGGCAUUCCUGCACAAACACCAACAUCCACACAGACUAAUGGAUCGGUUCGGUUCCAUUCAUGUCCACUCUCAACCUCCCCCUUUUGUGUGACAUCACCUGUUUUUUGGGUCAUGUGACCUUGCUUUAUAUCGACUGCGGGCACUUUGGUUUGUGUAUCCAGUGUCCGUUUGUGUACACUACAAGAUGCUCAACAUUAAAAGGCCAUACACGACAACCCGGAGGCAAACGACUAAUGAAUCUUCAGUGUGACCCUAUUCUGGCCUUUUCAUAGAAACAUGGAACAAACACAUCCCUGGUCUUCAUUCUGUUGGGUUUGACUUUCUUUUCUCUUUUUCUGUCUUUCCGAAGACCAGACGCUACUUUGUCAAAGCUUCCUGUGAUCUGACAUUAAUCCUCUCUGUCUUUCUCUCUCUCUUUCUUUCCCUCUCUCUCUUUCCCCCGCUCUCUCUUUCUCUCUCUCUCUCUCUCUUUCUCUCAUUACUCAUGAAUGCAAAGAUUUACUCAACAUGUGACUUGAAGGAGAGAAUCCUGUAUACUCUUUCCAUUAAUUUCUCUCAGUCAAAAUAAAAACAAAAUAAUGAUCUUUGUAUGCCUCCACUGCUACCUGAAGAAAUGCAAUGUAUGUAUUUUUGGCUUCAGUGAACAAGCCAAAAUCACAGGGUAAACCUUUCAGUUUGGAGGACAAUAAAAAUGUUUUGGAUGGAAAUGAACUAACCCAA